AUGGCGCAACCAGAACAGGUCGCCCAGGUGCCAGCCUCGCCUCCUGCUUUACCUGCUGACGAUGACGAGAACGCGAUACUGUUUUCUGCCGUCCUGUCGACCCUGGACAAGGACCAGCUGCCCCACCUUGCGAGCGCCAUCCUGCGACGCGUCCAACCAGGCCUUGCAGCCCCCGAGCCAAAACCCUCAGUUGGCCAGCCUCUGUAUGGAUCGUACCAUGUGCUAUUUCCCGUGACGUUCGAUGAUGGCCUUCGCUGGCUGGUGAAGAUCCCCAUCAACGGCACUGCAGCCAAGUGGGAUGAUUUGGCUGCGUCGGCCCUGGCUUGCGAGGCAAACACAAUGCGGCUGCUAAAGCGCCAAACCUCAAUCCCUCUCCCUGAUGUUCUAGACUUCUCCUCGACGACUGAAAACCCCCUUCGCUGUCCUUACAUCGUGAUGACAUUCAUCGACGGGGUCUCACUGUACGAUGUCUGGUUCGGACACCAUCUGGCCGCCGCCAGCACUGAGGCCACGCUGUCACGCCGCACACGCGCUCUCCAGGGCAUUGCGUCGGCAAUGGCCCAGCUCAGCCAGUUUUCAUUCCGGGCUGGCGGCCAACUGAUCUUUGACGACGACGGCCAACCGGUUGAUACCGGGCCCAUCCGACAAGUUGACAACAAAGCGAUGCUAGACCGGUGGUUCAUCCAUAAAGACCCAUCCGAUGACCCCAUCUACAUUGAGCAGCCAGUAUCUAGCGACCCUCAGGCGUACUACACCUUCAUGCUCGACUCUCACCCUGAACAGAAGCCCAUUCCGAAGGGACUCGCGCUCCUUGUGCGCCAGCUGAUCACCUGGAUCCCCCAACCUAAUGAUAUCGACCCCUUUGUUCUCGCCCAUCCAGACGUCGACAUCCAGAACUUCCUUGUCUCCGCCGAGGGCGAUUUAAAGGGUAUCAUCGACUGGGAUGGGGUCGCCGCUGUGCCUCGAACCCUGGGCAACGAGCGGUAUCCUGGGUGGCUUACCCGAGACUGGGAUCCGGCGAUGUACGGCUACACAGAAUCCAUGGACCACGGCGAUGAGCCAGAAGGGGUCUGGGAGGAUUCGCCGGAGACGCUUUCCUCGUACCGCCGGAUCUAUGAGGGCCUCGUGUCGGAGAAUUGCACGGGGGGGAAGGGAUCAUCGGAAUCCGGUGCAAGCCUUUGCAGGAUGUCUCUUAUUACCGAGAACUUGUUUAUCGCGGUGAAUGACCCCGCUUGCAGGAAUGAUAUUUUGCGCAAAGUUGUCGCUGAAAUAUGGGCUGCUGCGGGAAAGGGAGAGCCUCCGGAUAUUAGGGAGUUGGCAGCAAUGUUUGUUGAAGAUAACGUCGAGGAUGGGGUGAUGGAUAUACUAUGUCUGGGAUUCAAGAACCUUCUGGAGAAGGAAGGCUUGUAG